CAAAAUUCUCAACACUUGCACACGAGAUUAUUAUUCCAUAUGGGUCUGCUGAGGCUUUCCUGCUUCCACCGAGGCAGCGUCUCGCGGCAGGUACACCGGCCGGACUCGCCAGUGCCAGCCUGAAGGGUCAUCGCCGCCGACGGUUCGCUGAAGGAGCUCCCAGCGCCGUGCCCCCUCGCGGCCGUCUCCGACGUGCUCGGCCUUGACGGCGACACGCCCGUGGCGUCGUCCUUCGUGUGCAACGCCGACGCGCUCUAUUUCAACGAGCACCCGCCGGCGCUGGCCCCCGGCGACGUGCUCUGCCCGGGGCAGAUGUACUUCGUGCUCCCGGCGGACUUGGUCGGCCGGCCGCUGUCCGCCGACGACAUGGCCGCUCUGGCCGUGCGCGCGAGCGCAGCGUUCGCGUCGUCCGGCAAGCCACAGCAGCGGCGGCGCGGCGGCAAGACCAAGAAGGCGGUGCGCAUCAUGCCGGUGCAAGAAGCCGAGAACGACGUUGACUUGUUCAACGAGACGCUCAACGAGCUGACGCUAGGGCAGGCCGGGGCGUUGCUGAUGAGCCCGGCGGGGAGGAAGGGCGACGAGAAGCUCGCCGCCGCGAUAGAGCGGUCGCGGCUGAAGCGCGCGCUGAGCAUCAUUCGAGAGUAAUAAGCGAGCUGAGCAUGCAUCAUUCUAGUUUCACUUUCGUUUGUUUUUCUCUUUUUUGGAAACCAUUUUGUAAGCUACAAGCUUAAUGGUUUGUUAGAUUUAGGAAAAAGGAGGGCUCUUGAGAUAGCUGAAAAGAAAAAAAAAAAACUGAAUAAUCCAGUAGUUGCAAAAUUACAUGAAUCCAAAAGGAAUGGUUCGUGUGGAUCUUCAUUCUGGUGUUCAUAUAUACCCUGUGUUUCUGACUUUUGACAGUCUACUCCUAUUCAUGUAUGAGGAAUUUUUCUAUGUCU